UACUCAAAAGAGUAUGUCGGACCCUGAGGAGACACUUAAAUAUUCUCUGACGCUGAAUAAUUUUCAACGAUUUGAAACUGCAUUGAGAAAUGGUGCCAGAGCUCAAAAAUAUGAUGAAAAUGGUAUAUGCAUCUACGAGAUGUGUCUCCAAAGACCCAAUAGCAGAGAAUUUAUCGAAGCCUGCCUAAGAAAUGGAUGUACAGCGGAUUACGUUAAUGAAGGUUUACAGAAAGCAGCCAUCAAUUAUGCAGCGGAUUCGGCGUGUAGUGCUAAUAUCCUUGCACUUCUUAAUUGCAAUACUAACUUACAACUAGAUCAUGAGUAUGCAGGAUUGACUCCACUUAAUGCAUUGGCAAAAAGGUUAACAAACGAUAAUGUGAAUGACUUAGAUAUAGCCAUUUUUGAACUUCUAUGUCGUGGAGCUUCACCCAAUAUACCCGAUAAGAAUGAUAUAACCCCUCUGCACUAUAUAGUAAUGAAAAGUGAUUUAGACGACAUUAAAAAGAAACGAUUGAUUAAUCGAUUUUUGAAAGAAAAAACUUUGGACCUGGAUCGUUUUCGAAAUGGUCAAUUACGUCAAUUAUUAAGGGAGCAGUAUCCCAAUUUGAUAUUACCAGAACCGCACUCAAAAAAUAGAACCUGGGACAUAACUUACGAUCAAUUGUUCAACGCGCUUAGAUAUGGCAAUGAAAAUAAUUUUAUAGCCAUGUCAGCGCAUUAUAAUGGUGACGAUAAUGAUAUCCUAAAUCUCUUGAAAGAAUGCAUUACACGUGGACGACUUCAGUCAUUUGAUGAGUUAUUGAGAGCCCGUAACAACUUGAAUAUAAAUAAAGGAUUUGCUGGAGAUAAAAAACUGACACUCAUCGAGUUGAGUUUGAUACAUGGCAAUUGGCAUACUCUGGAAAAACUGCUAAAUCAUCAGGAACUGAAAUGGCCCUCGGACAAGCUUAUGUUAAUAAAUUUGAUGGGCAGAUUGGAUGAGCUGCCGGUAAAUGAAUACUGCGAUUAUUGGAAAUGCUUUCACCUUCUAGUCCAAAGCAAACACGUUGAUAUUAACGAAACGGAUGAAAGUGGUCAUACUCCAUUGCACUAUGCUGCUCAAUAUCGCCAUGCUGACGCUGUGCAUUCCUUGUUGGCCAAAGGUGCUCAUUUGGGGGCCAUAAAUGAAUUUAAAGAGAUGCCUUUGGCGGAUAUUGACGCUGUGUGGUUAGAAAUGUAUUUUAAUCAAUGUAUAACAACGAGAAGCAAGUCAAGAGCCGAUAGAAGUUUCGAGAUAAUAAUGGAUUUUAAGAAUUUGGAUUUAUCUGCCAUUGAUUACAUGGCAGAGACAAAGCAUUUACGUUCCUUGCUAAAGCAUCCCUUAAUCACAAGUUUCAUACUAUUCAAAUGGAGUUUGUAUUGUGGAUUUUUUUACUUUCAUUUGAUAAUGCAUACAAUCUUCACUGUUUCAUUUUUCAUUCAUGCAUAUUUUAGAUUUUCUGAACCGCAAAAUGAGUCCAUCUGGACAUUGUGGGUGAUAUAUAUUUGUUUAGUUUACCUCACAUUCUGUGAGAUUGUAACAUUGUGCAUUAGACUUAGUCAAAAACGCUGUUUUACAUUUGGCAUUUGGCUUUGGCGCUGCAUUCUUUAUUCUUUACUUAAUAUUGUUUUGAUUGUACUAUCCUAUAUCAGUAUCCACAUUUCAAAUGUAGAGAAUCAGCGAACUUGUACCGCCUAUGCCAUAUUCAUAACAAUCCUUUGUUUCUCGCAUUUGUUGGGCGCAUUGCCAUAUCAAAACUCAAUAUCUACACAUAUAUUAAUGCUACGCGAGACAUCCAAAAAUUAUAUCAAGAUUUUAUUGUUUUAUUCAAUAUAUUUUAUUGAGUCCGAAAUAGAGAAGGAUCUGGCUGCCAUAUAUGAUGCAGACCGUUUGGAGAGGAAAUCUCUGGUGCUUUGGCGUCGACCAUUGAUCACCAUAAUGUAUAGCUUCGUUGAGGCUUGUGAAUUGAUUUUGAUUUUCACUGUAAAACUGCUUAACAAAUGGUUUAUAGCCAUUGCGUUUGUAGGAUGUCUUAUAUUCUUUGUACCGGGUCCCCAUGAGGUCUAUAUGGCGAUAUGUAAAAGGAAUUUAGGCUUCAUAUUGUAUUGGCUUGGACUGGGUGUUGUGUCAUCGGCGGGCUUUGGCACUGGAGUGCAUUCGUUUUUACUUUAUUUGGGACCUCACAUCGCCAGCGUGGCAUUAGCGGCCUACGAGUGUAGGACUCUGGAACUCCCAUCGCCACCGUAUCCGGAAGAGAAAAUUUGCCCCGACGAGCCGUAUGCAAAAUUAUCCAACAUUUGUAUGUUGGCCAUUUUAGGGAAAGUAUGGCCAGAGGCUUUACUCUGGGGCAUUGGUACGGCCUUGGGUGAGAUGCCGCCAUAUUUUAUGGCCAGGCCGCAACGUGCUCCAGGUGAGUAUAUGGAUGGUAUUGAAAAGCUGGAAUGGCGAGCCCAGCAUCGGUUAAACGGCAAUUUAAAUGUAUUGGAUCGCGCCAAAUUGCAUAUGGGCCAUGCGGUGCAAAGGUCUGGUUUUCUGGGCAUAUUACUAUUCGCAAGUAUACCCAAUCCCUUGUACGAUUUGAUUGGCCUAACCUGUGGCCAUUUUUUGAUUCCAUUUUGGAAGUUCUUCAUAGCCACUCUCAUCGGCAAGGCUUUCAUUAAGGCGACCAUUCAGCAAAUAGUCGUCAUUGUGGCCUUCAGUGAUGAUCUUGUUAGCAGGCUAAUCCAUGGCUUGGGUCAAGUGCCCAUGGUGGGUCCCCACAUUCAGGCCCCAAUUAGACAACUCUUGAGAUCGACCAAGCAACGUAUGCAUAACAAUGGCCAACAUGACAAUAACACAUCGAGUUUGGAUUUUAUUGCUGGAGUUUUUCAAAUUUGCGCCCUUCUGAUGAUCGCCUACUUUAUAAUUUCCACUGUCAAUUGUCUAGCUCAGAGACACUAUCGUCGCUUGAAGGAGACUCAACGAAAGCUGCAAACCGUCUCAAUGGUGAUCGAAGAGAUUGAACACAAUUCCACUACGCAGGAAUCUUCAUCACAUCAAGAAAUAACAAAUACUGACGAAAAUGACAAAACUCGAGCCGAAAUCUUGAAUGAAAACUAA